GCACACACACACGCGCGCAAAACAUUAUAGUGAUAGGCUUCACCGUGCGCACACACACACCUCCCCUCCUCCCUGCAUCAUAACCCGCUGUUACCAUCACACGUUCACGUAAUACUCCCGUGAACAAGCUGACUUGUUGGAAAUGCUCGAGGAUCUUAAAUCUCUCUGAUAGCUCACUGGCUGUAAAAUAUCAGUGGAAGGAAAAAGUGAAGCCUCACCAGGACAAAAAAAAAAAAAAAGAUACAGAAAUAUUAGACAGAGGAUUGGAUUAUUGAUUAUUACCAGUUUACUUCAUUGAAGGUUGUGUUGUGGCAUUGACAUUCCCUGGCUAGGGCACGAGCUGCCAUGCCAUUUGGUUGUCUGACACUCGGGGAGAAGAAGGAUUACAACAAUCCCUCAGAGGUGACCGACAAAUAUGACCUCGGACAAAUUGUUAAAUCAGAGGAGUUUUGUGAGAUCUUCCGGGCGAAGGAUAGGAACACCUUGAAAAUGUACACCUGUAAAAAGUUCCACAAAAAGGAUGGAAGGAAAGUGAGGAAAGCUGCCAAGAAUGAGAUCAUGAUCUUAAAGAUGGUAAAACAUCAUAACAUCCUCCAGCUGGUUGACGCUUUUGAAACGAAGAAGGAGUACUUCCUUUUUCUGGAGCUUGCUACAGGCAGAGAGGUGUUUGACUGGAUCUCAGAUCAAGGAUACUACUCUGAGAGGGACACCAGCAAUGUAAUGAGACAGGUGUUGGAAGCUGUAGCUUACCUGCACUCUCUGAAAAUUAUCCACAGGAAUCUUAAGCUGGAGAAUUUGGUGUACUUUAAUCGUUUGAAGCACUCCAAAAUUGUUAUCAGUGACUUCCAGUUGGCAAAACUGGAAAAUGGACUCAUUAAGGACCCAUGUGGGACUCCAGAAUAUCUUGCUCCUGAGGUGGUUGGGAGGCAGAGAUAUGGAAGACCUGUGGACUGCUGGGCCAUAGGUGUCAUCAUGUAUAUACUUUUGUCUGGGAACCCUCCUUUCUAUGAUGACGCUGAUGAAGAUGACGAUCGUGAUAAGAACCUUUUCUUAAAGAUUUUGUCAGGGGACUAUGAAUUUGAUUCACCAUACUGGGAUGACAUUUCAGAUUCUGCCAAAAACCUGGUGGCAUCCUUGAUGGAAGUCGAGCAAGAUCAGCGAUUGACUGCACAGGAAGCUAUUGCCCAUGAAUGGAUUUCUGGAAAUGCUGCCUCAGACAAGAACAUCAAGGAUGCCGUUUGUGCACAAAUAGAAAAGAACUUUGCCAAAGCCAAGUGGAAGAAAGCUGUUAGAGUGACCACCCUCAUGAAGAGACUUCGAGCGCCUGAGCAGGGUGAUUCUGGGGCUUCCACUGCAGGGGCUGCAGCUGACCCCAACACACCUGGCGGCGCUCCUGCUCCUCUAGCCGGCGGCAGUGGUAGCUUUGCUGCCAGCAUAAAGGCCGCUCUUAGUGAAAAGGCUCCUGACACACAGACUGCCACCAUCUCCCAGCCCAGUGCAGCCAGACAGGAAGAGCAGCCACAAGCAAGGUGCAAUGGUGAUGUUCCCCAAAUGUUGCCACAAAGGAAGGGAGACUAGGCGUCAAACAAAUACAAGAAGAGGACCCUUGCCAACCAACAAGCACAUGUGCAGUAGAGCCAAUAAAUUUGGCAUGAUGAUACCAUGUCUAUGCUGUUCGACUAUCCCCCAGUUUGCAGAAUUAUUUCACAACAUCAUGCAUUUCAUAAUUUUUGCCUCCUGUACUGAUUGGUCUCUUGAAUAGUGUUCUCCACUCUCCCUUGUUAUUUUGUGUACAACUCCCUUUACAAGCUAGUUGCAAAGUAGCUCUUCUGUUGUUUCCUUUUCCCUGAAAUCUGUAAAAAAUCUUAGUGUAACUUAGUGAAAUCAUCUCAAUUCAUUCGCUCAUUGUAUAUAGGUGUAUUUGUUUGUUUCAACGAGUUGCUUGUUUUCAGCUUCAGAACUCACAACCCUGAGUUCAUGUCUUGUGACUUAAAAUUAUGAGUUGAAAGAUUUGGUAAAUUGAUUAUUUCACAUUUAAAAAUAUGUAAUAUUACAAGUGUAGCUACAGACUUAAAACUAAACUGACACAUCAACCAAUAAUUAAAAAUACUCUUGUAUAAAUAUAUAUAUACAGUAUAUAUAUAUAUAUUUUCUUACAAAUCACGUAAGGUCAGGUAACAAUCAGAUACAUAUAAUCAAUUAGUGGAUUCAACUUAACACAGAGACUGGAAACCUUCUGGUUUAUUUUUAUUGCAGUAAAAAAAAAAAGUCAACUUACAAUUUUACGGCAGCAAGAAAGCAUAUUUUUAAGUUUAAGUGCCUUAAUAUUUGUUGCAGUAAUGUACUGAAAUGUUUCAAAAGAAACUACUUGAUUAUAAUUGCUUACUGAUUUCUUUGUAAUGUUUUAGCUGUUUUCCUUUGCCCUUCUGUUUAGUUUUAUGCUGCUGUAUUGAUACUUGUGUUCCGUCCUCUUUCACACUUCAAUGAAAAACACACUAAAUUAGAUUUAGAGCAUUGUAUGUGCAGUGAUGUGCAGCUGUCGUUGUUGUGUUGUCACUUGUAAUUAGUAAAUUUCAGAGUUUAUAUAGCUCCAUAUACUGUACCACUAUGUAUAUUUGCAUUGUAUACAUGUGUAUUUUUUUAUUUACGUGUGUAUUUAGCAACAUUUAGCUGAGCUAACGGGUUGCUACACUGCUUGUGAAUGAAUAAAAUGAGCAAUACAAA